CCAGAAGCGCAAGGAGGGACUUUUCUCUCCGCCACUCUCCACUUGCUGGCGGGUUCGAGCGGCGUCAAGUUGGCAAGGGAGGAGGGGAGGACCCGGUAGCGUGGUGCCUGCUGCGUGGGUCUACCUGUAAAUAUUCCUUUUCAUUCUUCCCUUGCUCCUCUCUUUUCACGCGCGCAAUUUUGCUGGGCAGGCUAAGGCGGCGGGAAUACAUCGCUAGCAGCCAUGAAGUUCAAUCCACGCGUCAGCUCUUCCCGCCGGAAGGCGCGGAAGGCGUACUUCACGGCGCCUUCCAGUGUUAGGCGCAUUUUCAUGAGCUCGCCGCUUUCGUCGGAGUUGAGGAACAAGUACAAUGUGCGGUCUGUUCCCAUCAGGAAGGAUGAUGAGGUCUCCGUCGUGAGGGGCACUUUCAAGGGAAGAGACGGCAAGGUUGUGCAAGUCUACAGGAAGAAGUGGGUUAUUCACGUUGAGCGGAUCACGCGCGAGAAGGUUAACGGUGCCACUGUCAAUGUGGGUAUUCAUCCGUCGAAGGUUGUCAUUACAAAGCUGAAACUGGACAAGGACAGGAAGGCUCUUCUGGAGAGGAAGGGCAAAGGAAGGACCAGAGACGCCAAGGGAGAGAAGGGCAAGUUUACGGAGUCGGAGGUGCAGGCCAUGCAAGAUGUGGACUAAGUGUUGAGUGCGAGUGGACCAAAACCCCGGAUGGACGUGUAAGGAAGCGGGCGGGGGAGUGCGAGAGAGUGGGGGAAGGAACGGUGCACUUUAAUGUGUCUCCCAUAGAGGAGGGGAGGUGGUGGGGAUCAGCUCUUGGGAGUGUCUGAAGUCGGGCAUGUUUUCGAUCAGGGUGGUAGACGACGUGGCAGCGGCGGGCGGGAUGUUUCGUUAAGCGUUUUUGAGUCGAAGCCGAAGCCCUUUUUGAGCGGGUUUUGGCGGGGGGUUUGCGCGCAUUGCUGAGAGGAGGGGGUAUUUUUGUUGUCGUGCUGCAGUAAUUCUUCACCAACUGGUAGAUUUGCAUCGGCCGCGGAGGAUGAGGAGAAAGGGGUAGGAAUGCGAGAAUGUGAUCUAGCUAGCCCCACGACGUGCAGGGAAGUUAUGUAAUCUUGUUUGACUCGGGAAGGCGAUUAAUCGGAGCUCUCAUUGCGCGUGAUUUUUGCACCCCUCUUGGACCCUUUCUUGAUUUCCCUUUGUAUAAGGCACCCUUCUUGGACCCUUGUUGAUUUGAAUGAAUGAUUGCUUGCGACCAGUACUGUACGACUUUCCAGACAUCUUAUCGACUUCAGUCGGGGUGUGAUGCAUUUAUGACACUUCCUUGGUAGAACGGGAUGUGCAUGUGAUGCGCGUGAUUUCGUACGUUGUAUGGUAGAGGUCUUGAGCGUGAUGUGUGUCAACAAGCGAAUGGAUGUGAGCGUUCACGUGACUUGCAGUGGGAUGGGCCGUGUAUGUAUAUGAUGGGGCCAUGUGUUGAUAUCUGGGGCAAGGUCCCACUUGCGCAAAUUAGGAGAUUUUCGGCCGUUGAUCUUUGCUAUCUACGGUCAGUAUCUCUUAAUUCGUGCAAGUGGGACCUAGCCCCUGGCUGCAUGUGCAAUGUAAGAUGACGGUCACUGUGAUAAUGCCGCGUGUCUUGCAUG